AUGGGCUAUGUGCUGGCAGGAUAUGCGACGAAACGGCUGCGACGGUAUGAGAACACGGUGGUAUAUUAUCCGCCUCGCAAGCGCGCACAAGUGGCCCGGGCGGCGCGGUUAGAGGAUCUUCCUGCAGAAUUGUUGCAGUACAUUUUCGUGCUUAGCGGGAAUGCCGCACUGGCUGAGUGCAGCAGGACACUGUGGGCAGUCCUGCGGCCGACGGCGGGGCUAGUCAGGGUGUACAUCGGCGCGCACUACGUGCACAGCGCGCACACGGGCAGCGGGCGGCGAGUGCGGGUGCUCGCCGCGGAGGUGUUCAAGAGCCGCGCGCGGCUCGCGCAUCUGGCCGCGCACCCGGAGGAGCUGGAUGCCGUGGCCGGCGUGAUGGGGCCUGCCGCGCUGCGCGCGUGGCAGCGCGCGUGCGAGGCCGGGCGUGCUACCGCCGCGGUGGAGCUGGACGCGGAUGGGAGGCCCGUCGAAGACUAUCCGGCGGUGUUCUACGCGCGGCCAGAGCUGUUCUUCGGCGGCCGCACGGCCGGGCGGCUGCCUGCGGCGUCCGAGUUCCUGGAGAAGCUGCAUCGCUUCUUUUCGGUGCUGCAGCCGGAGUGCCUAGCAGAACGCAUCAUGCAGUGGUUUUUCUAUGAGAGCGGCGGGCGGCACGACGCAGAUCACUUUAUGCACGCCGUGAAUCUCGUGCUUAAACUGUCGCGUCUGCCACAGGCACGGUUUGCCAGCGUCGACCCGCUCCUAGAGCUUCUACAUUGUCUUUUCAUCGACAGCGUUCCUGGUCUCGACCGCCUACUGAAGGCGUCCGGAACUCGCUUAGAUGAUCUUAAACGUGCGCUCGUAGGAACGUUCAUCGACAGCUUCUAUAGGAACAACGUCGCGCUGCUGUCGGAAGAUUCGCUUUGGCGGCUCCUGAUCGAGCUGAGGGACGACCGGCUCAAGCAGCUGUUGGUCGACCAGGGCGCGCGACCGAGCUUUCACAUACUGGAAUGA